UCUACACAUUACUAAUAAACCUUACGGGAAACUGCCGGGAAACAGAGACCCUGUUACCUAAACAGGCAAGCAUGACAUAAAAGCAGUCAAAUUAAACCCUUAUAAAUAUAGAGUCGUUUCUUCUUUUUUUCUCGUUUGAUUCUAUAAGUAAUAUGUCUUCUAACAAAGUAAAUGUAGGUGUGAUUGGGUUUGGUAAGUAAGCAUGCAUAACAACAACAACAACAACAGCAAUCAACUUAUUUAUCUUUUAUAGGUAUGUCUGCCCGUACUUUUCACUGUCCUUUAAUUGUAUCUUCUCCUUUUAUGCAUUUGGCCGGUGUGGUUGAACGCAAGAGUGACAAGUCUAAAGAUAUGUAUUCUUGGAUCCAAGUCUUUAAAUCAACAGAUGACUUGUUUGCCCAUCCUGAUAUUGAUUUAGUGGUCAUUACUACACCUAACGACUCACACUACUCUCUUGCUAAAGAAGCCAUGAAGGCCGGCAAGCAUGUGGUGGUUGAAAAGCCUUUCACGAUUACUUCUCAAGAAGCCCAAGAACUAGUUCAGGUAGCCAAAGAAACCAACCGUAUCUGCAGUGUCUAUCAAAACCGUCGCUGGGAUGGUGAUUUCUUGACUGUCAAGAAACUCGUAGCAGGCGGUCAAUUGGGUCGCUUGGUCGAAUACGAAUCUCACUUUGACCGUUUCCGUAAUUUCGUCAAGCCCGGAUGGAGAGAACAAAACGAUCAACCUGGAUCUGGCAUGUUGUACGACUUGGGUGCUCAUUUGAUUGAUCAAGCACUUCAUUUGUUUGGCAUGCCCAAGACAGUCUAUGCCACUGUCAGUAACCAACGUCAGCUCAAGGAGUCCAAUGUGGCUGAUGACUUCACUAUCAUUCUGGGUUAUGACAAUGCAUUCAAAGCUAUUUUGCGUUCAAGUAUGUUGGCUCGUCAUACACCUGUUUUGCGAUUCAAUUUGCGUGGUAUGCAAGGUUCUUUUAGAAAAGAGUAUUUGGACGUUCAAGAGGAUCAACUCAAGUCUGGUAAAUUACCUUCUGAUCCAGAGUAUGGUGUUGAAUCUCAGGCACGAUAUGGUACGAUUGAUACUGAAAUUCAGGGUCUUCAUCUUGUUGGCACAGUCGAGACAGAAAAAGGAGCUUAUUUAUCCUAUUAUAACAAUGUUGCUCAGUCCAUUCAGAAAUCAGAUCCUGGUCAUUUAGAAGUCACACCUCAAGAUGGCUAUAACUGUAUUCGUCUGAUUGAACUUGCUCAACAGAGUAGCGAUGAAGGCAGAGUGGUCCAAGUUGAAUAAAUUAGUUUAUUGUCAGAACGGUGCGUGACUAACUGAGCAUGAAAAUAAGCGGACCUUU